AUGGCAAAAGUCAUGACAGUGGCUGGCGCCGCUCUUCCGCCGCGGCGAUGCGUUCACGUGCGCUCGGAUGUUAAGGAAUCGCUGCAGAACGCCACUUCCUCAAUCAGUCCUCGUCCUCGGCAAAUUUUGUUCUUUAAGAUCAGCAGCCGAGCGGCUCCGGGUUUCGGUUCGGGAACUAUGGUGUUCGAGGACAUUCAGUACGAUGACAUCCAGUUCGAGGCGGCUGUCGGCAGAGGGACGUUUGGAGUUGUGUUCAAGGCGGUUUGGAAUGGAAAAGAUGUGGCCAUCAAGACCAUCGAGAGCGACGCGGAGAGGAACGCCUUCCUGGUGGAGCUCCGGCAGCUGUCGCGGGUCAGUCAUCCCAACAUCGUGAAGCUGUACGGCUCCUGUGACGACCCGGUGUGUCUGGUCAUGGAGUACGCAGAGUGUGGCUCUUUGUACAACCUUCUACACAGCGCCGACCCGCUGCCCCACUACACGGCUGCACACGCCAUGAGCUGGUGUCUGCAGUGCGCGGACGGCGUGGCUUAUCUGCACGCCAUGAAGCCGAAGGCUUUGAUCCACAGAGACCUCAAACCGCCAAAUCUGCUGCUCGUAGCUCGAGGAACUGUUCUGAAGAUCUGUGACUUUGGAACAGCGUGCGACAUCCACACCUGCAUGACCAACAACAAAGGCAGCGCUGCCUGGAUGGCUCCGGAGGUCUUUGAAGGCAGUAACUACAGCGAGAAGUGUGACGUUUUCAGCUGGAGCAUCAUCCUGUGGGAGGUCCUCACACGAAGGAAGCCGUUUGAAGAGAUCGGCGGCUCGGCGUUCUGCAUUAUGUGGGCUGUGCACAGCGGUACUCGCCCUCCUUUGAUUAGAGACCUUCCAGAACCCAUUGAGACUCUGAUGACCCGCUGCUGGGACAAAGAACCCAGCCGGAGACCAUCCAUGAUGGAGGUCCGGGACACCAUGAGCCACCUGAUGAAGUAUUUUCCAGGCUCUGAUGAACGUCUCAGUCUUUCUCACCAAACUUCAUCCAACAGAAGCAGCUCUUCAUCAGCAACAAGUUCAGGCUCCUGUGCUGAUGGCACCAUCGACAGUUACCAUGACGACGACAUGCAACACAGAACCUCGGCUGACAGCGAAGAAACUCUGCAGAACUCUGAGACUAGAAUCCCACUGCAGGUCAAACCCUCCAAGAACCCUGCACAGCGGUCAAGUUUGUCCAGGUCGUCCAGUGCGGACAGCCAAAGCCCCACCCACUCCAGCAGCUCCGUCAACACCUGCAGCCAAUCAGAGCUGAGGAUGACUCCAAGUUCUACAGAGAGUCCAGUUCCCUCAGCGUACCUGAAACUGGAUCAUCAGUUACAGCCUUUGGCUCCGUGUCCGAACUCCCGGGAGUCCAUGGCCGUGUUCGAGCAGCACAUGCGGAUGGCCCAGGAGUACCUGAGGGUCCAGUCCGAGAUCGCUCACCUGCUGAACAGGAAACAGGAGCUCAAGAAGGAGCUGGAGCAGGAGCAGAGGGAGCAGCAGACGUCUUCUCGCCUCAUCCAGGAGCACACCAAACUACUGGAGGACAACAGCAGCCUGUCAGCCUACUGCCAGGAUUUGAGGAGCCAGCUGGGCCGGAUCCAGGGUCAGAACCAGCACCACAGCUGAUUACUGCUGCUGGUUCUGGUCCACCACGUCACAUUUCGAUGGUGAACUUUUAAACUGAACUGUUGGUCUCCUUGAGGACCCGUCAUUACCCUGUUUUAAAAGAUGAUUGCGCUGCCUUACA